AUGUUUGCGUCGCACGCGGUCAAAUCGUUGCCUGACCUCUCCCUCGAUGUCUCCGAAGCCAUCGACUGGCAGGCUGGCCAUCUCAAGACCCUCCACUACCACCUUGCUAUCACUGCUGUCGCCACAGAUCCUUCGUCCGGCCUCCUUGCUAUCGGAACUGCUCGGGGAACGAUCCAUCUGUAUGGGUCGCCGGGCGUUGAAUGUGAACUACAUGUUCCCGACCCUCCUGGCCUUCGGGUCAAGUUCCUCCAGUUUGCCGCCUCUCCAUUUAAACUAGUCUGCAUCGACGAGCACAACAGGAUCAUCGUGUGGGAUCUUGGGAGCUCAGAUGCGCCCAAGCCACAGCGAAUCACUGGUUUUGGACACGCUGUGACCGCCCUUGCUACAUCUCCAUCUCAUACCCAUGCCUUCGUAGCUCUUGCCUCAGGGGAGAUCAAGACAUAUGAUCUACUUUGUCUCCGCAUAUCCCAGUACACCAUACCCAACCUGUGGACAACAUACGAGGAGAAGUCACUUACUGAAGUUUCUAGGGGAACUAUUGUGGAUAUUAUCACUCACCCUCGUGAUCUGAACCUCCUCUUCAUUGCUUAUGAAGGAGGGAUUAUGCUUGUGGACCUCAAAGAGCAAAAGCCAGUCAGGACGUUCGAGUUGACACUACCGCCCGGGGCUCCAGGAGGAUCCGGGUAUCAUUUGAAGGAAAUCAUGCAAAUCCGUCGCAUGCUUGUCACGGCUAUGGCUAUCCACCCUUCAGGACACUUACUUGCUGUUGGAUAUGUCGACGGGUCCAUUGGAUUUUGGUCUCUAGAAGACGAAGACAAAUGCUUGAGUUUGAAGACUAUCGACAGCGGCGACGACGAAAAUCUUAGCCAAGUGGAUUCCGUUAAGCUAGAAUCGGUUCUUCCUCACGGUUCUGGGGGAAUGGCUCUUGACUCCGCACCAGGAAUCACCACCUUGCUCCUUCCACCUCUACAUCCACCUAUACCAUCAACUCCGCAAAGCGCAGCGCAAUCUCUUCAUCCUGACACCCGCGCAGCCAUGUGCUCGUCCCUCAAUGCGCGGAACAUGCACACCUACGGCACGGCCAACCCGGUGCAGGACUUCCUGCUCUUCCCGCGUUCAAGCCCUCACUUCUCUGGCUCUUACGACCCCAGUACCAUCCUCAUAGUCUCCGAGUCGGACGUCUCAGACGCACGGUUCUGCGAGGCGUUCAGCUUUCCGCCACCCAGCUUCCUCAAUGCUCCAUCCGACGACGAUGACGACAUUGUGGACGACUUGGCAGACACACUACAAUCGAUGUCUGUAUCGGACGAACCUCUUCCCUCGAGACUGCCUCCUUGUUUAUGGAACGUACUUGGUGAGCACAUGAUCAUGCUUGACAAGCAUGCGCAUGAGACUCUUGUGAGGGACAAACUGGAUGAAAUCGACGGCGAGGUUGCUUUCCCGGUGAAGGGCGGUAUGGCAUGGCACGAUGAUGAAGAGGGCCUCAUGAAGUACACCAAGCAACAACCUCGCAGAAUUCUCAUAUCCCGCCUCCGAGACCUCACUAUCCGUUUCCUAGACGCUAGCCCGACCUUGCUUGUGAGCACCGGUCCUGACGCGCCACUCUAUACCAGCUUCCCUUCACCCAUCCCACGGCUCACGAUCAACCUCGCCCCGCUCCUCAUUGACCAUUCCCUCGGCCUGGCGGAGCAGAACCAGUACGAUCCACAUCUGACAAAGGAGCGCAUCGAAGCAGUCUCAUUCGCGCCGGAGUCGCUUGAAUGCGUGACAGUAAUGCGCAACCAGGCGGUGGUGCUGCACCGCCUCGAUGUGCCGGAAGAGGCACAGACGUUCGUGCAGAAGAAGCUGCAAGAUGAGGAACUCGUGUCGCUGUCUCACAUCAAGCCGAGGAAGGGCAUCCGGUACAGUCCGAUCCUCGCCAUCAAGCAGGACAAAUCGCGUGGGCCAGUCACAAGCGUUGCGAUUGCGGACAUCGGCUUCCUCGCGGUGGCGUACACCUCUGGUCUACUCCUCGUCAUCGAUCUUCGAGGACCCAAGGUACUCCUCCGGAGCGACUCACACGCGCGGGGCGGGUCGAACUUCCUCCAGCGACACUCCGAAGUCGAGUCCAUCAACUCGCUCACCUGGGGAUGCUACCCGCUCGCCACCGACCCCACCUGGCGUGUGCGCCUCAUCGCGACCGGGUCCUCUGGCCACACGAGCGUCUUCACGCUCACCUACAGCGCCAGCGCGUGGUCGAUCGCGUCCCAGCCCGUACCGGCGGACGGCUCCUCCCGACCUACUGGCGCGCGGUGCCGUGCGGACCGAGCGGCGCUUGCGGCGACACUCCAGGGCGAGCAGAGCGCGGACCCGGAACGCAAGUGUGUGUGGGUGUCGGCGGGAGCGAAGGGCGUGCGCACGGCGUUGAACGUAAACGGGGAGAAGAUUGCCAAGGUCGACUGGGGGAGCAAGGUCGGGACUGUAGAGCAUGUGGAGGUCGUCAGCAGAUUGGACUCGCAGGCGUUGGUCGCGUACACGACCCUGGGCAUGGCGCUCAUCUACACCCUCCCUCACCUCGAGCCCAUCCACACGAUACAGCUCACCCCGUCCGGCUUGACCGACCCUCCAAGCACAGACGAGUCAGGCGACUAUACCACCCACACCCGCGUCCCCGGCCCCGCGCCCGCGCGCCCGCUCGCCUCCACCGAGUUCCGCACGCUCUUCACGUCCAAGCGCGCCCCGCCCUACGCCCCGCCCCGCGUCGCCCUCGCACACGGUCGCGCGCCCGUGCCCGCACAGCCGCUCCCCGUCGCGCUCGGCCCGACGUCCGUGGUGGGGUCCGUGCUCGGGUACCUCGGCGCGGUCGUCGCGCCCAGCGCGGGAGACCAGAUCGACGCCCUCCACCGCCCGGUGCCGGUUGCGCCUGCUCCGCGGCCGUCUACGGCUCUCUCGCCGACGAGCGAACGCGGGUCGGAGUCCGGCCAGAUGGUGCAGGACCAGGUGUCGGCGCGGGCGGCGGAAGUGUCUAGCGGGAUAGGGGAUUUGGCCAACCGACUCGGAACCGCCAUGAGGGAGAGAGGGGAGAUGCUGGGAGAUCUGCAACAGAGCAUGAACCAUCUGGAAGAAGGCAGCAAGGCCAUGGUUGCGCAGGCCAAGAGUCUCGCCGCACAGCAAGGCGUGAAGAGGUGGUUCGGGUUUUGA